AUGUUUUCACCAGUUAUUUGAGUUGUCCCUUGUGGCCUUCCAUUUGUUUACUUUCAGAUCGGCUACUUGAAAUAUUUCUUUGUAUUUGUGAAUACAGCUGUAGUAACAACUUUAAUCGCGUUGUGUGUCACAAACGCCAAGGUCUCCAAACUUUUUAAAUGUCGAGUACAAAACUGUGGCGCUCUGCAUGAGGGCGGAAACAACGCUAACAACAUGGCCAAGAUACGGGCGAUUGAAUGGCAAGGGAGAUUUACCAAAACAUUAUUGAUCAUUUUGGCUCUUUAUAUUUGCUGUUUCCUUCCCAUCCUGAUUCUCGUCUACGUGAUUAAUUUCUGCGUCUACGUGAUUAGUUUCUGCGUAAAUUGCACCUAUGCUUUCAUUCACUUGGCCAGAGAUAUUAAUUCCAACUUAGUCAGGUCGAACUCAAGCAUGAAUCCUUUCGUCUCUGCAUGGCGACUGGAACGAUUCCAGCUUUUGUUAAAAUCUUAA